AUGAAAUCGUCCGUUCUUGCUUCCACUUUGAUUGCGUCCAUGGCCGCCUACGCCAUGGCUGACGACCUUGUUCUCGAACACCACGUGCACGCUCCUCAUAAGCGUGCUCUCGUUACUGAGGUCGUCUACCAGACCAUCCUGGUUGACCAGGCUGGCAACAUUAUCAGCGAGGGUGUCGCCGCUGCGCCUCCUCAAACCGAGUCCGCCCCUGCCGCCGCUGCCCCUGUGACCACCUCUCAGGCUGCUGCUGCUCCGGCUCCUACCACUUCCGAGGCCGCCGCUUCUCCCGCUGCUACCACUUCCCAAGCCGCCGCUGCUCCCGUUGAGUCUGUCCUCCUCAAGGCCGGUGACAACGCAGCCAGCAGCGCUGCCUCCUCUUCUGCUUCUACUGAGCAGACCACCUCUUCCUCUUCCGGUGGCGCCUUCCAGGACGGUGUCAUUGACUGCUCUGACUUCCCCGCCGGAAACGGUGUCGUUGCUCUCGACUACUUGGGCUUCGGCGGUUGGUCCGGUAUCCAGUUCCUUAACGGCGGCAGCUCCUCCAGCGGUUCUUCUUGCACUGAGGGUGCUUACUGCUCUUAUGCCUGCCAGCCCGGUAUGUCCAAGACUCAGUGGCCCUCUAACCAGCCCGCUAGUGGUGUUUCCGUUGGUGGUUUGCAGUGCAAGGGCGGCAAGCUCUACCGUACUAACACCAACACUGACAACCUUUGUGAGGCCGGCGCUGGUACUGCUAGCGUUGAGUCUGAGCUGAGCCAGGAUGUCGCUAUCUGCCGCACCGACUACCCCGGUACUGAGAACAUGGUUAUCCCUACUCUGGUCAAGGCUGGCUCCAGCAACUUGCUUACGGUUGUUGUCCAGGAGUCUUACUACCAGUGGCAGGGCAAGCCCACUUCUGCCCAGUACUACGUCAACAACGCUGGCGUCAGUGUUGAGGACGGCUGUGUCUGGGGUACCCCCGGCUCUGGUGUCGGUAACUGGGCUCCUCUUAACUUUGGUGCUGGUCAGGCCAGUGGUGUCACUUACCUCUCCCUCAUCCCCAACCCCAACAACCGCUCCCCUGCUAACUUCAACGUCAAGAUUGUUUCUGAUGGCGGCAAUGUCAUUGGCAACUGUGUCUACGAGAAUGGCUCUUACAACGGUGGUGCCAACGGCUGCACUGUCUCCGUCACCUCCGGCAAGGCCAAGUUCGUGCUCUACUAA